AAAAUUUAUGUUGCUGUUAAUUUUGAGAGAAAUCUCUGGGAAAAGAUUGUGUGUUGUGAGAACUGAGAACUGAUCAGAAGCAAUUUUUGGUUUUAAAACUACAUAAAAAUACGAAUAACCAAAUUUCUAUGGAGCUCUUUCUCAAGAUUGGUUUGGAUAAUAAAACCGCAAGAAAAACAAUCGACGACAACGAGCUGACGUCCGAUCUAACCGCCAUCAUCUACGAGGCUGGUGUGUGUGAUGGAUGUGACAAAACAACUGGGAAUCUACUUUACUCUGUUGCAACUAGGCUUCCUAUAAGUGCUCGUAUGCAUCAUUCAAAGUUGAUCAAAUGCAUCAUGUCCUUUAAGUUACCAGCCCAGAGGAAUGCUGCAAUUAAGUAUUUUGAAGAUAUUGAAUCUAAAGACUUCAACAUGAAUGAAUUUGAAGAAGCAUGUGGUGUUGGGGUUGAAGUUUUAGCAGAAGAUAUUGAAAAAACUGUUAGUAAAAUCUUUGAAGAGAACAUGAACUCAAUAUUGGAGAAGCGAUACCGAACUAGUGAGGGUAAAUUAUUGGGAGAUGUCUUGAAAAAGUUACCUUGGGCAGAUCCUCGGAUUGUACAGAAAGUCAUAGGUGAAAAAAUGUAUGAAUUGCUUGGUGAGAGAACAGCUGCGGAUAAUGAGAAACCGGUUAAAAAGAAGGAGAAAAAGGAGAAGCCUGCCAAAGUUGAGGCUCCUGCGGAAGUUGCUUCGAAGCCAUCUGAAGAGGAGCUCAAUUCCUUUUCCAUAUUCCCUAAGCCAGAGCAUAAUAUUAAGGUUCACACAGAGGUUUCUUUCAGUGACGGUUCUGUUCUUAGAUAUAGUAAUACUAGAGAACUUCUUGAUAAACAUUUGAAGGUGACUGGAGGGAACGUUUACACCCGCUUCCCACCUGAACCGAAAUAUCUUCAUAUCGGACAUGCUAAGGCUAUGUAUGUUAAUUUUGGUCUUGCAAAGGACCGAGGUGGUUGCUGUUAUUUACGGUUUGACGAUACAAAUCCGGAGGCCGAAAAAAGUGAGUAUAUUACUCACAUUGAAGAAAUUGUUAACUGGAUGGGUUGGAAACCCUUCAAGAUUACAUACACUAGUGAUUAUUUCCAAAAGUUGUAUGACUUGGCAGUGGAGUUGAUCCGGAGAGGCCAUGCAUAUGUUGAUCACCAGACUGGAGAAGAGGUAAAAGAGUACAGAGAGAAGAAAAUGAACAGCCCUUGGAGAGACAGGCCUAUUGAAGAAUCUCUGAAACUUUUUGACGAAAUGAAACGAGGAUUGUUCGAAGAAGGGAAGGCGACGCUACGAAUGAAAAUGAAUAUGCAGAAUGAUAACUUUAAUAUGUAUGAUCUUAUUGCAUAUCGUAUAAAGUUUACGCCUCAUCCACAUGCCGGUGACAAAUGGUGCAUCUACCCAAGCUAUGAUUAUGCUCAUUGCAUUGUUGAUUCUCUUGAGAAUAUAACACAUUCGCUAUGUACACUCGAAUUUGAAACUCGACGUGCUUCUUACUACUGGCUAUUACAUUCUUUGGGACUCUACAUGCCUCAUGUGUGGGAAUAUUCACGGUUGAAUAUAACAAACACCAUGAUGUCAAAGCAUAAGUUGAAUCAAAUUGUGACAGACAAGCAUGUCGAUGGUUGGGAUGAUCCGCGUCUGAUGACACUUGCUGGUUUGAGACGGAGGGGUGUGACUCCAACCGCGAUCAAUGAUUUUAUAAAAGGAAUUGGCAUUACCAGAAGUGAUGGUAGUAUAAUAAAUAUGAAUCGCCUUGAGAGUCAUAUUAGAGUGGAGUUGCAUGAAACUGCUCCGCGAACCAUGGUGGUGGUUCAUCCCCUUAAGGUGGUCAUCACCAAUAUGGAAUCCGAUAAGGUCAUAGAGCUUGAUGCAAAAAUAUGGCCCGAAAAUAAGAGUAACGACCCCUCAUCCUUCUACAAGGUUCCUUUCUCUAGAGUUGUAUACAUUGAACGAGGCGAUUUUCGAUUGAAAGAUUCAAAAGAUUACUAUGGGCUUGCCCCUGGUAAAACAGUCAUGCUAAGACAUGGUUUCCCUAUCAAAUGCACUGAUGUUGUUCUUGCUGAUGACAAUGAAACUGUUGUUGAGAUCCACGCAGAGUAUGAUCCUGAAAAGAAAACGAUACCAAAAAAGGGAUUUUUACACUGGGUCGCUGAACCCGCCCCUGGAAAAGAGCCAUUAAAGGUCGAAGUUCGGCUAUUUGACAAAUUAUUUUAUUCAGAGAACCCGGGAGAACUAGAGAAUUGGCUCGACGACAUUAACACAAACUCCAGACUGGUAGUUUCAGAUGCUUUUGCUGUACCAACACUUAAAGAAGCUGCCCUUGGGGAAAAAUUCCAGUUCGAGAGACUAGGUUAUUUUGUGGUUGACAAAGAUUCUACCCCAGAAAAGCUAGUCUUUAACCGGACAGUCACACUGAAAGAAAGUUCUAGUAAACCUGGAAAGUGAGAACAGUCAGGCCCGGUCUGGACGACUAGCGGAUUAAUAAAAUGAUUAGGGUUUAGGGCCAACAAAUUUUUUUUUUUAAAAUUCUGUUUUAGAGUAAUAGUUACAUAUUGAUGAUCACCAAAUUUUGAUUGUUUACUAAAAAUUGUUGUUUAUACAAAUAUUUUUUUAACACAAUUUCAAUUUUCAACAAUUUUAAAAAAAGGUGAAGGUCACAACAUUUUGGACAACAAUUUUGAUUGGCUUGAUACGCACGGAAUGCAACAACUUUUCUUACCUUUGCUAUUUUGUUCAUCAUCAUCUUGAAUUUUAAGUGCAUUAGAGUUUGUGAAAGUCAUUGGUCAAAAAUUUUAGCUCGUCGACAUACACGAACCAUAACCAUUGGAAGACUCUUUCUCUAUCUGCUAUAGUGUGAUGUUGAUACUUACUGUCCUACAAAGUGGCCGAAAGCUUUGUGGUAAGAGACUAAAGAGAGUUUAGUCUUUUCACGCAUGUGAUUUUGAUUGACUCAAAAAUUUGAAAGAGAUUGUUGUAUUGUGCUAUCUUACUUUUUUUCACUCUGCUUUUUUUUAACUCCAUCGACAUCAUUCAAUCUUAUUUUCUACCUCUACAUUGCUCAAAAGUUUAAUAAUUGGUUCGACGAAUGUGGCAUUUAUUGUGUAUGAAUAUUCUUCAAAGAAUCAUAGAGGCACAUGGAAAGAUUACUCGAUUUAGGAAGGAAUAAGGUGCCAUUUGCCUUUUGGAUUUAAGGAUAAUGCUGCUGACGUUAUUGUACUCCUUCACUAGACUUGAUUCUAUGCUCUCUACAUGUGUAUUAGUGCAGAAGUGCAUAUGGCAUCACUUAUCCUUCUAUGAUUGUUCUUUACUUUUUUUUUUUUUUUUUCAAAAUGGGAUAGUACAAUUUUUUCACAUGAUGAUAUCAGGAUAACUAGACCCAAAAGAAUGUUUUAUCUCCAAAAUAUCGGUCCGAUAUAUAUGAAAGAAUUUUCUUUUAAAGUAUGAAUAUCGCAUGUUACAUGUUUUAAAAAAUAUAUUUUUGAGACCAUAUAUAUGGUCCAGUAGCUACCCAAAAGUUUAGUAUUUCUACACCAAAUAAUUUGGAGUAUAUAUAAUUUUUAAGAAUGCAAACUAUUACAUAUUAAUAGACACAAAAUUUAACAAUAUUUCUCGAAUGGUGCACAUAGAGCCGUUUGGCAUGAUUUUUGUAUAAAUGUAAAAUUAUCAAUUGUAUUCAUGCUUGUAGUGUUGAUAGAAUUGUUCGUUUGUAGAAUCGUAUGAGGAAUCGUGUCUAUAUAGUAUAAAAAAAAAAUGUUCGUAAACGAUAAAAUCAUCAUUUAGAACAGAAUUAAAAAUUAGAUAGCUUUUAAGUUUUAACAUGACAAUGAUGUAAUAUAUAUGGAAAAACAUUAUCAAUCACGAGUUAAUUUAUAAUGGCAUCUUUGUGUAUCUUC